CUUGCGCGAAUCGGGAAAAUAAGUUCUCCCUGAAUUCUAUGGGAGCAGGUGGGCGGAGUAGUGCGUGGCUUGUCUGCUUUGCGUUGGGCGAAUUGAUGGCGGCGACCAUGGCCUGCUGGCAGCGUCUCUGGACUCUGGCCGUACUGUGCGUUUUGCUAUGCUGCUGCCCGACGAUGGGACUGGACACGGUGCCCUCUACGUCGCCUCCGCUGACUCCUGCUCCAUCAUGUUCUGUUUUUACUGGAAUGAAAUGUGAAGCAUGUAUAAAAAAUACUGCAUGUCUUUGGUGCAGUGAAAAUUCUACUUGUUUGGAUUAUCCUGUAAACAAAAUCAUGCCACCAUCAUCGUUGUGUUCACUUACAAAGUCUUACUGGGCAAUAUGUUGGGCAAGUUUGGAAGCAAUCAUCAUCACUAUAGGUGUUGUAGUCGGCAUCAUUCUGCUGUUCAUAAUUUGUUGCUGCUGUUAUUGCUGCCGCAGAUGUCGCCGGCGUUCCGAAAGGAGAGUAACCGAUGAAGAAGAAACAUUUAUUGGUGAUCGGGAAGAAAGACGACUGCAAUACGCUCAACGGAGACAUGAAAGAAGAGUGAAAUAUGAUGAGCUACGCAGAAAAUAUGGUCUGCUCCAGGAUUCCGACCAUCCCUAUAGUAGAUAUGAAAACGAAUGAAAAAAUAGUACUACUGCCUUAAAAUGAAAUGUUGAUGUUUUCAUUGCACGAAAUUUGUACAUAAAUAUUCAGUAGAACUUAAUGUUUAUUUUACUUUUUUUUUUCCUCCUUUCCUCCUUUUGGAAACAACAGUAUUAUAUUUGCAUCUAAUGAUUCUAGUAUAAAAUGCCUCAGAGGUUUCUUUUUCCCCUAUAGAAGAAAAAAAAAACUAGAGGAGUGCAAGUUUGAGGUAGAGAAACAGUUUACUUUUUCUUAAACAUCACAGAUGUUUGGGGAGUGAGGGGAACAAUACUGUCAUCCUUUCCAUGCUGCUAAAUAAAGAGGCUCUUUAAAUCUGCGUCAAGUAGGUGUUGGCAAGUAUUUGACACUGCAGAGGUGAGGCAUCACACAAUCAUAGCUUACACCACCUUUAUGUUAAUAGAAUACAAAGGGUGUAAGUGAAAGAAUCUUGCUGGCUAGCCGGUACUUUCAGCACCAUCAGAUUCUUGAAUAUGGCCUUUUAAUCACUGCAGCCUUCCACAGUCUCUCAGCUCAAGUUCUUGAAAUUGGCUUUUUCCAGUAUUUAAACGUCCUGAUUGCAAUGGAUUAUAUCGUCCCUGAUCCUUUGUACUUAAGGAAAGACCACCUAAAUGAACACUUGACUUUAAAAAAGAAAAUUUAAGAAGAUAGUAAAAAUUUGUAGUAUUAUAUCAAAAAUCUGAGUUAACAGCUUUCCAUUUUGAUCUCUGUACAUUCGUAGAUUGUGUUGAAAAGUCUUGUUCUUGAUUCAUUCCUCAAGCAAUUAUCUACUUUUUCUAAUAAUGUACAAGAACUAUCUGUUUACUUUUUUCUAAUGUACAAAUUUUUUGUAUAUAUUUCUGUCUAUAUAAUCAUUCCUAACAUCUAUCAAAGCAGAUAUUUCCAAUAUCUAUGCUACUGUAUAAUUAAAAUAGAAUCACUAAAUGGUUCACGGCACUGUGCUUCAGACUUGAAGAGAAGAAAAUGCUUUGAAGCUCAAUGGAUGUUCCUCCUCCUUCAGGCCAACUAUGUAUUUUGUGUGGAUCACGUAGAUAACCUUCACAGCCGUACCAGUAUCCCAGGCUGUUCGAUUUAGCAGCAGUUAAGCUGGUAUGGACAUAUGCAUCCAUGUACACUCAAAGGUACAUUUUUCUUUUUACAUCUGAAGCACAGCAUAGCUGCUUUAUUUAGAUAUUCAUAGUUAAAGCUGUUUUUCUUAAGCAGGGAAGAAAAAUGAUCUAAUAAAGACUGAAAUUGCUUUAUAGUGAACAUUGCAUAACAAUUUGAAAAUGGUGGGAAACAGGGUGGCUUCAGUAGAAUACUUUCUUUUCCAAAAGAACAUGCUGUAAUAUUUUAUUGUGGGUAACAUUCCUCCUCUGUAUUUAACAAACCUACAUGCUUUGUCAUGUCAUUAUGCAGCUGAAGUUUCUUAAACAAAACUGAAAACUAGGGCUCAUUAAUCUUAUAUUCAUUAUGAAGAUGUGAUUUUCAGGAAUAACUCACCACAGUUUUCCCGUAUCAAAUUUGCUUUGCGUAGUUAAUGGUCUUUCAGAAAUAGUGUGAAAAGGGACAUGUUGAGCCAAAGGAAGAACAGUCUUGUUCUGUUAAUUGAAACUUUCACCCAAUCAAAUACAAUGUGAGGCCACCAAUGAGACUAAACAGAUCAAUUGUAUAUUUCCAUCUUAAACUGGAGCAAUAGACAUUUAUUACUUUAUAAACUUUUUUUUUUGAAAAAUUUUAAGUAGAAACAUAUCUACCCAAAUUGUUUGUAAUGCCAUUUGAAAUAAUGUGGCCGGUUUAUCUUUCACCUUAUUUAAACCAGAUUCGUGAUUUUUGAGAACUUACAGCUUUGGAUACUAUUUCUGUAGUGAGUUCUCACUGGAGAUAUCUUGUGAAGGUGGAAGCUGCAUGUGAUAUGGAAAUAUAUUUUUUAUUUGAUCUGAAUAGUUAAUUGGACUGCUAGCAACUUCUCUUAGGUAUCUGAUGGAUAAACAUUUAUUUGAGCUUAUUUUGUGAAUGAUUAAUGUGAAAAUGUAAUUGCACCUUCUGCUUUUGAUUGCUAUAUUAGCCUUGCUGUUUAGUAUUCCUCUUUUCUCUGGACAACCAUCUAUAUAGAUUAUCUCAGAAUAAUAAUUUGUGAAUCCGCCAAGGAUGACAGAUCAUGAAAAUUUUGCCUCAAUAAACCUUUAGAAGGCUUCAAGAUGUGUAAAGUUUUGUACCUAGCUAUGAUAUGUGUACAACUGGAGGAUAUGUUUUAGUGUUUUCUAAUUCAGAUGAAAAUUGCAUUAAUAAAAAAAAAAUCACUUUGUAUAUUAUACUUUAUUUAAUUGUUUAUUUUCAUGUUUUACUUUGUUUAAUUUUGUAUUUUGUUAUGUUUGCAAAUGUGGAUUAUCACUAUAAUAAACAAAUUAAGGAUA